AUGACUCUAGACUACGAGAACGAGACCCACAGGAGAGGCUUCAAGUUUAUGGUCCAGGUCACUGAUAGGGGUCGCGGGGCUGGAAGGACCUCGCCACCUGGACGCCGCCUGGGUCUCCGUCCGUCUGAGGACAUCAACGACAACCCGCCCAGGUUCCACCGCCCACACCCCACGUUACUAGAGGGAGGACGCCGCCCUGGCACCCUCCUGGCCGCCCUCCCCGCCCACGACCCUGACAUGGGCGGGGAGCAGGAGGUGGAGUACCACGUGACAGGAGGGUGGGGCGCCCUCACGGUGGACGCAGAAGGCAGUGUGAGUCUGUGGCGGGCCCUGGACCGUGAGGCUCCUGACGGGGCCAUCGGUGUAGCCAAGGUCACCGGCGUGGACCGUGGAGAGCCGCCCCUCAGUGCCACCGCCACCCUCACCAUCACCGUCACUGACGUCAACGACUGCGCCCCACGACUCCUGCCGCCCACGCUGCUGCACGUGGCCGAGGGCGGUCCACCCACACUGCUGGGGGUGUUGACAGCCACCGACCACGACGUAUGGGCGUUGGGUCACGGUCCACCCUUUAAGCUCUCCCUGGCGCCCACCAACCCCGCCCAUGUCUUCUCUCACAUCUCCCUCACAUUUGACUCACAUCUAGACAGUGGUCGAGGGGGCGCUGAGCUGUGGACGGUGAAGGCGGUGGACAGAGAGGAACACCGGGAACUAUUAGUGGAGGUACUGACUGCCGACGCCCAGGGCCUCUCUGCCACCCACACCGUUACUGUGAUCAUAGACGACCUAAACGAUAACCCCAUGAGGCCUGCCAGCAAGACCGUCUACCUGUGGAAGACUCAGGGCGGAGGGUCGGACGCGCCCUUGGGUCGAGUGUACGUGAACGACCCUGACGAUUGGGACCUAGGGGACAAGACGUUCCGCUGGCUGGGCUCUCCUGAUCCCCUCUUCACCCUCAACGCUGACGACGGCACCAUCUUCGCCUCCAGCCAAGUCCGCGAGGGCAGGUAUGAGCUACAGGUUCGCCGCCAGUGACCGUGUGUGGGGCAGAAGGUGUCCCAGCCAACGUGACGGUAGCGGUCAAGGUCUAACCUCUGAGGCCCUC